UAUUAAACUUCUAAACGCCUAGCUGUGCAGAUCAAAAAUAAGAAACCAGACACAACAUUCUUUAUAUUAUCUCUUCGUAUUCUGAAAAAAUGGAUGAAGUAUGUUCCGAUCUUUUUACUGAGGACUACGUGAGAAGACAAUACACAGUAGUAACGCCCGACGAUGUGGAAGAUAUCAAGCAAAAAAUGGUAACAGAAGGGUUGGAUUUAGUAAAAUCCUACAUGGAGUCAAAGCUAGAUGGUUGGAAAUCUCAACCUCUCCAUUGUGGCAUUACUGGUUCCUCUGGCACUGGAAAAUCCAGCUUUAUAAAUACAAUUCGGGGUCUGACACCUCGUGAUGAGAAUGCAGCGAGUGUGGGUGUUGUGGAAUGUACAACUGAACCAACAUCUUAUCCAGACCCUAAAAAUCCAAUGUUGCAGUACUGGGACUUGCCAGGUGUUGGGACCCCGAAAUUUCCAAAAGAUGAAAGUUACCUAAAAAAGAUUGGUUUUGAAAGAUAUGAUUUCUUUUUGAUCAUUACGGCCAACCGAUUUAGCGAGAAUGACAUCUGGCUGGCGUCACAAAUUCGAAAGGCUAAAAAAAACUUUUUUUUUGUCCGAAGCAAAAUCGAUCAGGAUUUAAUUAAUGAGAAACGAUGUCGUGACAACUUUGAAGUUGAAGAUGUCAUGGAAGAAAUAAGAAACGAUUGUGUUAAAAAACUCCAACCAGAUUUUGACAACCCUGAUAUUUUCCUAAUAUCUAAUUUUCACCCACAAAAGUAUGAAUUUCCAUCCUUGUGCUUGAAGUUGAUUGAUGCACUUCCACAGCUAAAAAAAGAAGCGAUGACACUUUCGUUGCAAUCCUUGUCGGACACGAUGAUUGUAGAGAAAAAGAAAAUUCUUCAGAAACGAGUAUGGUACGUGUCGCUUAUGUCUGCUGCUGGUGCCUGCAUACCUUUUCUUGGUGCGUCCAUAGCAAUAGAUACGGCACUUAUCUUACAUGAGUUACAAUUUUACCGACAACAAUUUGGUAUAAGUAAAGAAACGUUAGCCAGUCUUUCAGAGAGAGUCCACUCAGACAAGAAAGACAUCCUCAACAACGUGCAAAUACUAACAUCUAUAGAUACAACUGAGAACCUUCUAAGUUUAUUUGCAUCCUUUUCGUCAAGCAUGGCCGUAGAAGAAGUUAGUCGAUAUAUUCUUGGCAUUGGAACAUUGAUUUCAAGUGGAUUAUCCUUCGCAACAACGUAUCAUAUGUUGAACGAUCAGUUGGAUCGUAUGGAAAGAGCUUCUAACGAAAUUAUGGCGUUGACUCUUGAAACAAUGAUUGAUGCAGACGAACUCGAUUAGAUACAAAUGAUUGUUUUGUUUGUAUUUUGUUUAUGUAUUUGUAAAAUUUUGUAUUUAAUUGAUUUCUACCGGCACUGAUCAGUUAUUUUUAAACUUAGACAACUCGGUAAAAAGCGUUGGAAAGAAAAAAAUAAUUUCUUUUCAAACCAAGAGGGUCAUGAUAUAUUUUCUUAUUGAUUUAUUUGUUUUUUACAGAUUCUAAUUAAAUUUUUUUUGUAAAAUCGAUAGCAUUGGACUGCCUAAUUUAUCACAAUGACGAUGCAUUUUUCUUAUUGUGUCACUUCUUAGAAGUUUUAAUAACUUUUAAUUGACUGUUGAGGUAUUACGUAGGUACAAACUUGUGUUAUUAUCUUAAUAAUGUUUCUUGUAUUUGCAAAAUAUAAAUAAGUAAAAAUAAGUAUUUCAUUGUUGGACCACCUAAGGACGAGGAAUAAAUUAUUUUGUAUUAAUGUAUAACUAGCCGAAAGCCAAUGGCUGGAGCACUACAGGAUGUCUUUAAACCAUUUGGUUUGUUGUUGCCUCGUCUAUGAAAUUAGUUCUAGCGGUUAAGUCAUUAAGAAGACAACCAAAAAAAGACAACCAUCAGUUAAACCGUAGUGAUCAUAUCGUCAUGAUUGUGCCCAGGCCCAUUUCGUGACUAUCAUAAAUGAAAUAACUUAAGUAAAAUGAUGAUUACAAUGCUUGCAGUAACACUUCGCGAGCGCAUAAGAUAUUAUUUUUUUCUUCAAAAUACUGAACACGACGUCCACGUCAUUGACCGGAUGCAUUAAGGUCUUAAAUCCAUUAUUUUUUAUUUCUCUAUUGUUUAAACAAUAUUGUUAAAAACAAUAGGUCUA